AUGCAUGGAUAUACCACUUUUGGAAUGAGGGUCAAGCUUACCUCAUCAAAACUAUUGGUUAGAACUUUUUUUGGCUCAUCUAUACUAAGAAAUAAUGUUAUUAAAACAUAUAAAUUCCAUGAUAUUAAACAAUUGAUCGAGAACCCUGUUUCAGGUAAGGUAUUGGUAGAUGUUAGAGAACCACAAGAACAUAUGCAAUAUGCAAUUCCCACAUCUGUUAACAUACCAGUGAAUACAGCACCAGGUGCAUUGGGUCUUUUAGCGGAAGAAUUUCAAAAGACAUUCAAUUUUAAUAAACCAGAAUUAUCGAAUGAAUUGGUCUUUUAUUGUAAGAGUGGUACAAGAGCUAAAGCAGCUGAGGAAUUGGCAAGAUCAUAUGGUUAUCAAAAUACUGCUAUAUAUCAUGGUUCUAUUACGGAUUGGUUAAAGAAACACGGUGACAGAAUUAAUCUAAAGAACUAG